AUGGAAAAAAUAAGAAUGAAACGUCCGAAUGCAAAUGAUACUGAAGAAGAUUUAUUCAGAAUGCAGAAAGAGAUGCUCAAUAGAAAAUGCAAGGGACAGGUUCAUAUUAAUAACAAUUCAUUUGCUGCCAACAAUUGGCAAAUUGACAAACCAGCUGGUCGUUUCUGUCUCGAUCUUGACUGUUUAGAUGAAGAGAAAGCAAGUAUCAUGGAACUUACUGAACGGAAUGUAGAGUUGUUCCAUAAAAUUGACCAGUUAGAUGACUGUUCAAAUCUAAUAAAUUGUGCUCAAUACGCGGAAGAAGAAGGAUUUCCAGAUAUCUUGGAUCUCUCUAGGUAUUAUGAUGGUCUCAAUAGCUCUGUAAAAAAUUUCUCAGCAAGUGGCCAAAGUUUUUUUGCACUAGAGUUUGAUAGGAUCCACGGUAGUAUUGAUGAUUAUGAUAGAGCUGAAGCUCUAUCUUCAGCUUCUGAGAAAUCGAUCAACGACAUCAGUAGAGAAAUUGAGCUCGAAAACUUGCAAAGAAUAGAGAAGAUGAGUAAACAAGAGGUUGAGAAAGCGAAACAAGAAAUUGUGGAACGUUUUGAUCCAAAAUUACUGGACUUCUUGCGAAGCAGAACAAAAAAGAGACAACAGUGGAAGGAGAAUAAAGUUGAACCAAUUCCAGUACCUCGGCAGACAAAAAAACCAGCUGAUGCAACAGUUUGUGCUAGUACAGAUCAGGAAGUUACCAAGCAAAUCAAAGAGUUACAAAUAUUUGAUUUAGUACAAAAUGAUCCAGCAUUUUAUAAGGACGCAACAAAUAAACUGGAUGACUCGUACAUGCGAUUAGCAGCGGAUGCAGCACAAUUGGACAUGGCUAUGAAAUGCAUGCGCACAAUAUUGCCACGACAGCAGCAAAAUUUAAUCAGGCUGUUCGAUAAUUUGCGAUUUCCACCGAAGGAUUAUGCUGGUGAUGAUGUUUUGUUGGAGAAGGCUCGAGACAAUUUGAAUGCGAUCAAAGGUCUAUAUUUGGAGCAAAGGAAAGAUAAAGACGGCAAUUUAUCAGUUGAAUUCGCUGACGGUAUAGACCCGUUCGGAAAGGCAGCAUGGAUGUUGUCUCCUAUUCGUAAAGUUCUGGAUGUUAUGCAGAAAGACGGAAAAUCGACUGCACAUGAUCUCGUGAUAGUGCGACUGUCGCUGUUCUGGACUUUGUUAGUUAUGGUGGAAAGACCUACUUUAUACUAUGCUUUUGCAACACCUAAUGAAAUUUUUGUUCGCUUAGCGGAAAUUUUCACUAUGGGACCUGAAAUUUUCAAGGAUGAAUAUGUUUCGCAAUGUCUGAGUCGGUUUUUGCAUGAUUAUUUGGAACCGAAAACUCGUAAAGGACUUCUAUGUUUGGUUUUAAAAGAGCCUAUUGCUGGAUUGGAUGCAUUUGGACCAUUUUAUGAAGAUCUUCUUCGCCAUUUCGAAGAAUUUUCUAUGGGUGAUGAAAAUUUCACUUUAUUUAUCCUGCUUGGUGCAUAUGGCAAUCAACGACUUUUAGAUGGUUUAUUGAUGAAGUGCGCUCUUUGGGCACCGGAUAAAAAUAUUGUUCGGCAGAUGAUCUUAAAAAAAGAUGACUUUUUACUGAACUUGGUGACUGCUCGUCAGAUGAAUGAAGUUGAAGUUACUGAGAAGAAUUAUUUUUCUCACUUUCGGAAAUUGCUUCUUACAUAUGCUGCAACAAUUCGAGAUAGUAUUAUUAUGAAAAAUCGUAAUCAACUUGUAUAUGAAAUUGCAUCAUCUGAGUUGAUAUAUUAUGUUAAAUGGCAUAUGACAAAAAAUGUUCAUGAAAAGAUUGAUACAGAAUUAGUGAAGCAGUAUAAUAACUUGGCAUCUACACUUCAGCAAUCUUUACAUGGUUACUUAGACUUCCAAUUGAAAUGA